UAAGUCACUGAAUUCCGCAGGAAAAAAACUGCGAUUCUAACGUGGCCAGAUACAUACGUUGUCGAGGCUGUGCAGGAAACAGAAUUGUACUAUGAUUUGUACAAUUAGCGAAUUUGGUUAUUUGAGAUAUUACAAAUAGCAGUAAGAUGGAGUGCACUGCUGAAACUUCGAUUCUAGAAUUAAAAGAACAUCGAAUAUUGAGAUUUUAUUGUGAAAAAUGUCUACAAUUCGAGACGCACACUCUACUUCAAAACUCAAUAGAAGACAAAAUAAAAAUUAUUGAAUCCAAAGAUGAAAUAAUAACGUUACUUAAACAAAAACUAACGGAGUCCGAAUCAUCACGUAUACCAAUAACAACAUCAUCAUAUAGUCAAAUAGCACAAACUGAAAUAAAAAAAUCACCAAAAAUAAACAUAAAUCUUCCCGGAAUCAUUAUUAAACCAAAGCAAAAACAAACUGCCGAAAAAACUGAAAAGGAUAUAAAGGAAGCUAUAGUUCCAAAAGAUCUUCGAAUUGCCGUAAAAAAUACUAAAAAAAUAAAAGAUAGUAGUAUUCUUAUUCAAUGCUGCAAUAAGGAACAUGUUGACAUUCUAAAAAAAGAAGCAGAAUCCAAAUUAAAGAACUAUGAAGUACAAGUAACAAAAUUAAGGCUACCGAGGUUCAAAAUAAUAGGAUGUACCACCAAUCUUAGCGAAAAGGAGAUAGAGAACUCUAUAAGAAAGCAAAACAAUUUUAUUACCGAGCAAAAUAAACUUAAAAUAACAUAUAAUAAAAAAGCUAGAAAUGACAAAGGUAAAUCCAUAGUUUUUGGUGAAUGUGACCCCAUUUUAUUUAGUAAACUGAUAUAUGAAAAGAAAAUUUUCUUUGGUUGGCAAAGGUAUCCAGUAUACGAGGAUUUGAGUAUACAGCGAUGUUUUAAGUGUCAACAAUUUUACCACAAAAUUGAAAAUUGUCCUAAUGAAGCUGUAUGUGAAUUUUGCUCCAACAAACAUGAUGUAUCUGAAUGUCCGAAAUUACAAAAAAAAUGCGUCAACUGCAUUUCAGCAAACAUGAAAUACAAAAGUAAUUACAACACAGUUCAUGAAGCAAACAACCCAGAAUGUCCAUCUUAUCAGUACCAGUUGAAUCUUCUGCGAACGAAAAUAGAUUAUCAUGGGUAAUCUUAAUGGUAUGUGAACAACCUGAAAUAGUACUAUUACAAAACCUAGAAGUUCUGGAUAAUGUAUUGCAUCAGGAGACUGUCGACAGUGAAUCAAUUACAAGUAAAAUUAAUCUCAAUAAUAUUUUUUUUAAUAUUUUACAUUUUAAUAUUAGAUCUAUACAUAAGAAUUUUAAUGAACUAGUAGCAUACUUGCAAGCUUAUGAGUUAAAUUUUAGCGAUAUAAUUGUUUUGGGAGAAUCUUUUGAAAGUUAUGACAAUCAAUAUAAUA